CAGGAGCCUCUGAAGUCUCGGCCACUCCAGAAACGUUUGUACCGUGUUCGAUUUUACAAUGCCAUUUGGCGCCGAGAAUUGUUCUCCAAGAGGGGAGUUCGGAGCCCCCCUGGCACUCUCCUGGCACUCCUGGCACGCCGCGUGGUGCUGGAUGGCACUAAAUUUGAAGUUGUGCAGGCUGAGCCGCGUCGUCGCGUCCCUUCCGGUCACACGUACGGGAAUUGCUUGUCAGUACUCUUUCUUGGAGAGAAGCGAGGCCUCAACAUGCCACGAAAGCGAGCCGCGAGAGCAAAGGUUGACUCUCCCAAAGCUAAACCUGGUAAGAAAACAGAGAAAUUAGACGAAAAUGGAGCUUCGAAUAAAAAGCGUGUAAUUGAUACGAACGAUGAACCGGCUCCGAAGAAGAUGAGGGCCGAUUCGAAGGGAUUGAAGAGCGCCGACUCGUCCACCGCGAAGAAGUCGAAGGACGAGCCCAAGCAGAUGCAAAAUAAGACGGACACCAACUUGAACGAGAUAGAUUUUGGAUGUAUAAAGUCAAACGAGGAAGGAAAGAAGUAUAAUCUCAAGAUCUGCACCUGGAAUGUCUCUGGGAUCCGAGCUGUCGUCAAGAAAAAAGGACUCGACUACGUUAUCAAAGAAGACGCAGACAUAGUCGCUUUGCAAGAGACCAAGUGCGACAAAGACAAGCUGCCAGACGAGGUCAAAUUGCCGGGAUACCAUCACUACUUUCUCGACAGUAAGAAGCCAGGGUAUUGCGGAGUUGCUUUGUUCAGCAAGGAAAUGCCGAUUUCCGUGAAAUACGGUUUAAAUGAAUCCUUCGACAGCGAGGGUAGAAUGAUCAUGGCGGAGUUUCCAGAAUUUUUCGUGGUUAAUGUUUAUGUGCCAAAUGCCGGGCAGAAGUUGGUGACAUUACCGAAAAGACUGGAGUGGAAUAAAGCGUUCAAGAAACGCAUCGAGGAAUUGGAUCAAAAGAAGCCAGUUAUCAUAUGCGGCGAUCUGAAUGUGGCUCAUCAAGAAAUUGAUUUAAAGAAUCCCAAGACAAACGCAAAAAAUGCUGGAUUUACUAAAGAAGAGCGAGACGGUAUGACCGACUUUUUAGCUGCCGGAUUCGUUGAUACCUUCAGAUCAUUAUAUCCUGACACAGAAGGUGCAUAUACAUUCUGGUCGUAUUUUGCCAAUGCACGCAACAAGGAUAUUGGAUGGCGACUAGACUAUUUCUUGAUAUCAGAACGGAUCAAGAAUAAAGUGUGCGAUAACGUAAUAAGGAAGCAGGUUUAUGGCAGCGAUCAUUGCCCUGUAAUACUCUACAUCAAUUUGUAAUUUGUAAUAAUAAUAAACGUGUGACGUGUUCCAUUGUAUCGAAA